AUGACGAUUUCCAAGUCAGUUGGUGUUCUUCUUGCUUUAGCCGCCAAUCUACUACCCGUCGUAGAUUGUCAUGGCUACAUGGUCAUUCCUUCUAGUAGAACUAGUCUUGGUCAUUUAGCUGGCAUCGACACAUGUCCUGAAUGCACCAUUCUUGAACCCGUCAGUUCCUGGCCUGAUCUCGAUGCCGCUCCCGUAGGACGCAGCGGUCCUUGUGGUUACAAUGCCCGUGUAAGCGUCGACUACAACUUCCCAGCCACAAACUGGGGUAAUUCCCCCGUGGCGACUUAUACACCAGGUCAAGUAGUCGACGUACAAUGGUGCGUCGACCACAAUGGAGAUCAUGGUGGCAUGUUCAGCUGGCGCAUUUGCGAAGAUCAAUCUAUCAUCGACAAACUCAUCACACCUGGAUAUACCCCUACGAAUGCCGAGAAGCAAGCCGCAGAAGACUGCUUUGAGGCCGGUCUACUUCCUUGUACAGAUGUCACCGGAGCUACUUGCGCUUACAAUGGUGAUUGCUCACCCGGGCAACCAUGUUAUCGAAAUGACUGGUUCACUUGUAAUGAAUUCAACAGCGGGACUAAAUGUCAAGGUGUCGAUAAUUCUGCUUUAGGUUCUUGCUAUACAUCUAUCGCGGGAGGAUAUACAGUGACCAAGAAAGUCAAGAUCCCAAACUUUACUUCCAAUCACACACUCAUAUCUCUGAAAUGGAAUUCCUACCAAACAGGGCAAAUCUAUCUCACAUGUGCUGAUAUCGCCAUUGCCGGCUCGGGCACUGGUUCAGGUGGCGGUUCCUCAAGUACAACAACUAAAACAUCCUCAACAACAAGCACCCUCAAAACAUCCACAACCACCGCCACCACAUCAAGCUGCACCGCAAACCCGACUCUCAUCCCCGUAUCCUUCAACGAACUCGCCACUACCACCUACGGUCAAACCAUCAAAAUCGCGGGCUCGGUUGCCGCACUAGGUAACUGGGAUGUUUCAUCCGCACCAGCAUUAUCAGCUUCUGCUUACACAAGUACAAAUCCACUAUGGUCAGCAACUAUCAUGUUGGCGCCGGGACAGGUGGUACAGUAUAAAUUUGUCAAUGUGGCGAGUAGUGGGACCCCGACUUGGGAAAGUGAUCCGAAUCGUGUUUAUACGGUGCCAGGGGGUUGUGUGACGACGGCGACGGUGGGGAGUACUUGGAAGAAAUAG